AUGCCUUCCGUCAAGAACCCCAACGGCCCGUCCAAGAACCGGCUCGCCGCCCGCCGCGCCAGCGCCAGAAAGCAGUCGCAAAAGGCGGCCAAGACGAGCAAGGACAAGGUCGUCAAGGCCGACCAGAAGCGCGGCGCCGGCGGUGGUCUUCUUCCCACGAGCGGUCCUCGCGCCAAGCUGAGCGCCAAGAAGCAGAGAAAGGUCGACCGCAAGCUUGGCUAUGCGCUCAAGCGCAAGAUGGAGGCUGACGGCGAGGUCGAGAUGAAGGAUGCCGCCGAGGAAAAGCCUGCCAAGGAAGCUGGUGUCGAUACAGAGAUGGACGAGGAGAUCUCAUGA